UGCAGGUGCCCACAGAGGUUGGACAGACCAUGAUGUUGCCAAGAGCUCGACCCCUGCUGGGGUCCUGUGGGAGCCCCAUCUGCUGUGGAAGCCUUCUACUGCUUCUCCUUAGUCUUGGGUGGAUGCCACUUUUGCACGUCCAGACUACAAAGACGGGCCAGGAGGCUGCAUUCCACUGUGCUAAAUUGACUGGCACCCCUGACUUUGCCAGUCUUCCCGCAGGCGUCUUUCUUGGCCUCACAUGUCGUGAAGUAUCUGGUCUGAGCAUGGAGCAUGCCCAGGGCCUGGCUAUGGCUGUGAGGAAGAAGAAUGUCACAUUGCGAGUGAAUCAGCUGCGCUGUCUGGCACGUCGCCUUCCUAAGCGCCUCACCAAUGAGGAACUGGAUGCCCUCCCGCUGGAUCUGCUGCUCUUCCUCAAUCCAGCCAUGUUUCCAGGGCAACAGGCCUGUGCCCACUUCUUCUCCCUCAUCGCUAAAGCCAAUGUAGAUAUGCUUCCACAGAGAUCUCUGGAGCGCCAGAGGCUGCUGCCCGCAGCUCUGAAAUGCCGGGGCAUGUAUAGCUUUCAAGUGAGCGAGGCAGACGCGCAGGCUCUCGGAGGCCUGGUCUGUGACCUGCCUGCGAAAUUUGUGGUCAAUUCUUCGGAAGUCCUUCUCCCCUUGCUGGCAGGCUGCCGAGGACCCCUGAACGUGGGCCAGGAAGAGGCAGUCAAGGAGGCUCUGAGGAGUGGAAGACCCCCGUAUGGCCCCCCAUCAAGGUGGUCAGUCUCCACUCUGGAAGCUCUGCAGGGCCUGCUGACAGUGUUGGAUGAGUCCAUCACCCGUAGGAUCCCUAAGGACGUUGUAGCUGAAUGGCUGCAACACAUCUCCCAGGACCCCUCCUGCCUGGAGUCUAAGCUGGCUGCCACGCUCCCAAGGUUCAGGCGGGACACAGAAAAGAAAGCCUGCCCUCUGGGGCGGGAGCCCCAGGAAGUGGAUGAAAACCUCAUCUUCUACCAGGAUUGGGAGCUAGAGGCCUGUGUUGAUGGCACCAUGCUGGCCACCCAGAUGGACCUUGUAAAUGAGAUUCCCUUCACCUACGAGCAGCUCAACAUCUUCAAGCGCAAACUGGACAAGACCUAUCCACAAGGCUAUCCUGAGUCCCUGAUCCAGCAGCUGGGUCACUUCUUCCGGUACAUCAGCUCCGAGGACAUCCGCCAGUGGAAUGUGACCUCAUCAGAGACAGUGAAAACGCUGCUCAAGGUCACCAAGGGACAAAAGAUGGAUGAUCAGGUGAUCGCCCUGGUUGCCUGCUAUCUUCGGGGAGGAGGCAGACUAGAUGAGGACAUAGUAAUGGUCCUGAAUGGCAUCCCUUUAGCCUACUUAUGUGACUUCCACCCCCAGGAUCUGCACUUUGUACCCUCCAGUGUUAUGUGGAUGGUUGAGCCCCAAAAUCUGGACAAGUGCAGCCAGAGGCAUCUGAGUAUCCUCUAUGAAAAGGCCUCCUUGGCCUUCCAGAAUGUGAGCGGGCAGGAAUACUUUGAGAAGAUCAGAACAUUCCUGGGUGGGGCCUCUGUGGAGGACCUGAGGACCCUCAGCCAGCAGAACGUGAGCAUGGACUUAGCCACCUUCAAGACGCUGCAGGUGGAUGCCCUGGUGGGGCUGACUGUGGAUGAGGUACAGAAACUUCUAGGGCCACACAUUGAGGGCCUGAAGACAGAGCAAGAUAAAAGCCCUGUCCGGGACUGGCUCUCCCGGCAGCAGCAGGAAGACCUGGACAGGUUGGGUUUGGGACUUCAGGCUGGCAUCCCCAAUGGCUACCUGGUCCUGGACCUCAAACUCCAAGAGGCCUUCUCCAGCGGAGCCCCGCUCCUCGGACCAGGACUUGUGUUUGCAUGGAUCCCAGCUCUGCUCCCAGCUUUAAUACUGAGCUAAGACUAUCACCCCCAAGGUUCCUGGCCCCAACCCUACUGUGGAGUCCCAUCUUGACCAGGAGCAGGACCCCAGGGUUACUGCCAAAAUUUGAGGACCCUUGAACUCAAUAAACAGUGGCA